CCUCUAAACACUGGGACUCGCACAUCGGUACAAAUCAGUGAAUCCGGAGUGGGAGAGGAGAGUCUGAGACUUUACAGAACUGAAAAAGCAAAGAGAUGGCUAGAACGACGUUGUUGCUGCUCUGUACCCUCGUCCUCUUCGGAACCCUAGCUCUCAUUGAGGCAAAGACGUCGAAGGAGGAUCUGAAGGAAGUGACCCACAAGGUUUACUUUGAUGUCGAGAUAUCUGGAAAGCCUGCUGGACAGGUUGUGAUCGGUCUCUUCGGGAAGGCGGUUCCCAAGACUGCAGAGAAUUUUCGAGCUCUUUGCACAGGGGAGAAAGGUAUUGGAAAGAGUGGAAAACCUCUCCAUUUCAAGGGUAGCAAAUUCCACAGGAUUAUACCCAGUUUCAUGAUCCAAGGAGGUGAUUUCACACUAGGCGAUGGAAGAGGUGGAGAAUCAAUUUACGGAGAGAAGUUCGCUGAUGAGAAUUUCAUGCUAAAGCAUACCGGUCCAGGGCUUUUGUCAAUGGCAAAUGCUGGUCCCGACACCAAUGGUUCACAAUUCUUCAUCACAACUGUGAAGACUAAAUGGUUGGAUGGCAAACAUGUUGUAUUCGGAAAGGUGCUGUCCGGAAUGGAUGUGGUUUACAAGAUUGAAGCUGAAGGAAAUCAGAGUGGCACACCCAAGAGCAAAGUCGUGAUUGCCGACAGUGGUGAACUUCCUCUCUAGAUGUUCCAGUCGUAGUCUCUCCAGUUACCGAGUGCCAAUAACUGUUCCGAUUUCUCCUUGAUUUUCGUUUGUGUAAGACCGGUGAAGAUGUUAUAGCUCAUGUACCGAGUGUGUUCUUACUUUAAGUUCGAUUAACAUCUGCUGAAUGUUCACGUUAUUUUCCCCAAAACCCAAAACCCUUCUUACUUGUAAGGGCAAGUUUCAAGUUUGCGAUAACGGUAACCCUACUAGAAAGGACAUUCAUCUUUUAA